CUGCCGCUUCCUCCCUCGCAAUCGCAGACAGCGACCCGUCGCUAUUCCGAUUCCCACCUCGCAACUCGUCAAGCCCGUCCGCCCCCAGGCCGCGUCCGCGUGCAUAUAAGCAAGCCCAUUCGCCAGCCCAUUCAUUUCCCCUCUGCUGCUUGCUUCGCUUCGCCUCACCUGCCGCUGCCCUGACCUGCCCACACAUUUUCCUUCCUCCCGGUCGCCGCCUGAAAACCGCCGCGCUCUCCGCCCCGCCGUCUUCCUUUGCGUGGAGGAGCAAGGACGACAAGAACAAGGCUCGGCUCUUCUUGGAGAUUUGGAGAGCAAGGGUCUGUCUUUCUUUCUCUGUCUCUGAAGGGAGCAAGAAGAGGAUCGGAUGGCGAUUGACCACGACUCCCCGUUCAAGGAGCUCCGCCUCAAGAACCGCAGGAUCAUGGGAGGCGGCGGCCCUGACCCUGAGCCGGAGGAGGAGGAGGAGGAGGCCGCCACGGCGGCGUACGCGGAGCAGUGGCCGCGCUGGCUGCAGCCGCUGCUGUCCGCGCGCUUCUUCGCGCAUUGCAAGACGCACAGCGACUCCCACCGCAGCGGCGAGUGCAACAUGUUCUGCCUCGACUGCAGCUCCGCCGCCGCGGGCGCGGGCACGCGCGCGCUGUGCUCGCUGUGCCUCGCGCACGGCCACCGCGACCACCACACCAUCCAGAUCCGCCGCUCCUCCUACCACGACGUCAUCCGGGUCUCCGACAUCCAGCGCUUCAUGGACAUCGCGGGGGUGCAGACCUACGUCAUCAACAGCGCCCGCGUCGUCUUCCUCAACGAGCGGCCGCAGCAGCAGAAGCCAGGCUGCGGCGGCGGCGGCAAGGCCGCGUCGGCGUCCGCCAACCUCUGCGAGGUCUGCGCACGCAGCCUCCUCGACAACUUCCGCUUCUGCUCCCUCGGAUGCAAGGUCAUCGGCUGCUCCCCCGACGCCACCAAGGCCAGGAACUGGCUCCUCAAGGCCGGAGCCGACGGCGACGACUCCACAUCCUCCUCCUCGGCCCUGCGCAAUGCCGACAAGAAGCAGAGCUUCACGCCACCCACGCCGCAGCCGACCCUGCCGACGAAGCGCCGCAAGGGCAUCCCGCACCGCGCGCCGUUCGGCAGCCUCAUCGUCGAGUACUAGCUCCCUCUUGCACGGCGGCGGCGGCGGCGGCUGCUGCAUUGGCACUACACGCGCGCGGUAAAGCAAAAAGUACUCUUCAACCAACGGAAUUGAAUCGCACAGUGGGGAGUCAGUGAAUCCAAAUCCAUGCCAUGCCUGAAUCAAUCCGCCAUUACGGCAAUGGAAUGGGAUGGCCACCACUUCGGUGGCCUGGCCUGGCCGCCUUCCUUUGCGCACUUUGGUUGGUGGUGCUUCUCGAGGUGGAUGCCAUUUGCUCGCUGGCUUUGCUUUCCACAAAGGAACGAAGGGAGAAAGAAAGGUGGAGGAAGAAUCAAAACUAGCUUUUCAUCACUUUUGUGUUAGGACACAAGAAAGAUAUAUAUAUAUUUCUUUCUGAUAGAAAUAUAUGUACAUUUUUAGUCUUGUUAUAUGUUUCAAAUCAUCAUAGUGGAGCAGUAUAGCUAGCUAGCUUUUGUGAUGCUUUUACUAGAUUAUUAUUAGGUUGUCUGAAGAAACCAUGUUCAGGAGAUAACCUUGUUAGUACUACAAGGUACUAGUAAUAAGCUACUGGAGGUGGUGAUUUGCAUUUAGCAAGCUUUUGUGGUGA